UGCAGCCGGAGCCGCAUGACGCGCGGAGGAGGCAGCGGGAGCCGCCGGAGCCGCAGCAGCCGGGAUCAGGGCGCCGCGCGCGGGGGGUGGGCGCCUCUUGCUCCGCCCCACGAAGCCCCUGCGCGCCCAGGGACGCGUCCCCCCCGCGGCAGCCGCGCCAGGCUCCGCCGUGUGGCCGCCGCCGCCGCCGCCGCCGCUGCCAUGUCCCCGGGGAAGCCCGGGGCGGGCGGAGCGGGGACUAGGCGGACGGGCUGGAGGAGGAGGAGGAGGAGGCGGCGGCUGGAGGCGGCGACGAGGGCGCCCGGGCUCGGGCGCACGGCGGGGCCCGACUCGCGCGUCCCGGGCACGUUCCAGGGCGCGCGGGGCAUGAAGCGGGCGGCGCGGGAGGCGCGGCCGCCUCCGCGCUCGCCGGGGCUGCGCUGGGCGCUGCCGCCGCUGCUGCUGCUGUUGCGCCUGGGCCAGAUGGUGUGCGCAGGUGACGCUGUGUCCAUCAGUCCAACCAGUGUGGCCCCAGCAUGGACAAACACAGACUCAGCUGCUUCUACGUACACGCACACAGAAGGUGAAGGUCAAGCUGGGGAUAACACCACAGGCUUUAGCCCAACAGCUUCAUACACAUCCUUCACCACUUCAGAAACAGUCAGUAAGACUUGGGCAGAUUCCACAGUCGCAAAUGAUGUGACAGAGCCGAGUCAAGUUUCUGAUCUUCGUGUUUCCUUCGUGGGUGUGACGCAAGUUGCUAUUACCUGGAAGAAUGGCAAUGACACUGCCACCUGCCGGAUGCUCCUUGAAGGCAUCGAAAGUUGUAAGGAGUUGCCUCAAGUCUUGGUGGUCAACAUAUCACACCUGACACCAGGGGUUCGACACAAGGUCACCCUGUGUCUUUCAGAAUCAAAUGAGGAAGGGAGAGAGUCCCCGGUUACAGAUAGUGGCUUAGUAGAUGCCAACGCCACGGAGAGCUUCUCCCAGCAACCCCGGAACCACACGGCCCCCGUGUCUGGAUACCAGCUCGAACGUGUGGACCUGUCUUCGGACCAUCUUCUGACCGGAGACACGGAAGUCCUGGUUACAGGGUUGGUGCCCGACACGCAGUACCGUGCCGCUGUCUAUUCUCAAGCAGCAGAUGGCACAGAAGGAGGGCCCCAGCACAUAACGUUCAGGACGGUCGCCAGUCAAGUGUUUGACGUUGAAGUUGUGGACAUCAACGCAACAAACAUGACCCUGACCUGGAAAAUCAAUGAUAACGAGUCGUCCUCUGUCUAUACCUACAAGAUACAAGUCACUGGGGAGACGGAUUCCUUCACCCUCCAUGUCAAUGAGACUCAGGUCGUCAUUACUUCGCUCAACUCGAGUACCUUGUACAACAUCACGGUGCAUCCUUUCCUUGGCAACAGUUCCGAGGGCGUGCCGGGUUUUCUCCAAGUAUACACCCCCCCCCGUCCAGUUUCCGACUUUCGAGUGACAAGUGUCAGCACAAGGGAAGUUGGCUUAGCUUGGAGCAGCAAUGACGCAGAUUUCUUCAAGAUACUUACCACGGAGGAAGGAGCUGGAAAAUCUCCGCUGGAAACAGCCACCCAAAACCAAAGUAUUGUCAUUGGUGGCUUAUACCCUGGAACCAAGUAUCGUUUUGAAAUAUUUCCACAAGGACCAAAUGGGACUGAAGGGGAGUCCCAGACGGUUUACAAUAGAACUGAUCCCAGUGCCGUCUUUGACAUCCGCGUGUUCAACGUCACCACAACCGGGAUGGAGUUGGAGUGGCAGAGUACGGACAAUGCUUCCGAAUACACCUACCACCUAGUUAUACAGUCCGAGCGCGGCUCUGACAAGAUAAACAGUUCUCGCAAAGAGAUCACUCUCAGGGAUUUGGUUCCAGGCACCUUAUAUAACAUCACGAUCUUUCCAGAGGUGAACCACAUUCAGGGGAAGCCCAGCUCCACGGCACAGUACACAUGGCCCAGCAAUGUAGCCAACAUUGAAGUAAAUACCAGCACCACGGAAGCAACCUUAAAUUGGCAGAACUUGGAUGAAGCUUCUCCCAGGUAUACCUACUACCUUUAUAUUGGGAAGGAUGGAAAUUUCAGCCAAGCAACACAACUAGUCACAGACAUUGGCGUCACCUAUGCUACCGUCACUGAGUUAAUACCUGGCUCGUCAUACACGGUGGAGAUCUUCACCCAAGUGGGAAAUGUCACCACGCCACUGGCAUCUGGCAGGCAGUCAUUCUGUACAGAUCCUGCACCAGUAGCCUCCUUCCGCUGCGAGGUGGUCCCCAAAGAGCCAACCUUGAUUCUCAAGUGGGCCUGCCCUCCCGGCACCAACACAGGCUUCGGGCUGGAGAUCAGCAGAGGGGCUUGGAAAAAUGUGACAGACCUGGAGAGCUGCUCCUCGGAGAACGGCACAGAGUACUGGACGAAUGUCACAUAUUUGAAUUUUUCUACCUCCUACAACAUCAGCAUCACUGCCUUGUCCUGUAACAAGACGGCACCUCCCACCCAAAACACCUGCCUCACUGGCAUCACAGAUCCCCCUUCUCCAGACGGAUCCCCGAAUAUUACAUCCAUCAGUCACAAUUCGGUAAAGGUUGAGUUCAGUGGGUUUGAAGCCAGCCACGGACCCAUCAAAGCUUAUGCGCUCAUUCUCACCACUGGGGACGCUGUUCGCCCAUCUGCAGAUGUUUUGAGAUAUACAUAUGAAGAUUUCAAAAAGGGGGCUUCAAAUACUUACGUGACAUACCUCAUAACAACAGAAGAAAAGAGACGUUCUCAGGACUUGUCUGAAGUCUUGAAAUACGAAAUUGACGUUGGGAACGAGUCGACCACGCACGGCUAUUACAACGGCAAGCUGGAACCCCUGGGCUCCUAUCGGGCUUGUGUGGCCGGCUUCACCAACAUCACCUUUAACCCUCACAAUGACGGACUCAUAGAUGGGCCUGAGAGCUACGUGUCCUUCAGUCACUAUUCGGAUGCUGUUUUCUUGCCCCAGGAUCCAGGUGUCAUCUGUGGAGCAGUUUUUGGGUGUAUCUUUGGUGCGCUGGUAAUUGUGGCUGUGGGAGGCUUCAUCUUCUGGAGGAAGAAAAGGAAAGAAGCAAAGAAUAAUGAAGUAUCCUUUUCUCAAAUUAAACCUAAAAAAUCCAAGUUAAUCAAAGUGGAGAAUUUUGAAGCCUACUUUAAGAAACAACAAGCGGACUCCAACUGUGGGUUUGCAGAAGAAUAUGAAGAUCUGAAGCUUGUUGGAAUUAGUCUACCUAAAUAUACAGCGGAACUGGCUGAGAACAGAGGAAAGAAUCGCUAUAAUAACGUUCUGCCGUAUGAUAUUUCCCGUGUCAAGCUUUCUGUCCAGGCCCAUUCAACUGACGACUACAUCAAUGCCAACUACAUGCCUGGCUACCAUUCCAAGAAAGAAUUUAUUGCCACCCAAGGGCCUUUACCCAACACUCUGAAAGAUUUUUGGCGUAUGGUUUGGGAGAAAAAUGUAUAUGCCAUUGUUAUGUUGACCAAAUGUGUCGAACAGGGAAGGACCAAAUGUGAGGAAUACUGGCCCUCCAAGCAAGCUCAGGACUAUGGGGACAUAACUGUGGCAAUGACCUCAGAAAUUGUUCUUCCACAGUGGACCAUCAGAGACUUCACAGUGAAAAAUCUGCAGACAAGUGAGAGUCACCCUCUGCGACAGUUUCAUUUCACCUCCUGGCCGGACCACGGUGUUCCCGACACCACCGACCUGCUCAUCAAUUUUCGCUACCUUGUCCGUGACUACAUGAAGCAGAGCCCUCCUGAGUCUCCCAUUCUGGUGCAUUGCAGUGCUGGGGUUGGAAGGACAGGCACGUUCAUUGCCAUUGAUCGUCUUAUCUACCAGAUAGAGAAUGAGAACACUGUGGAUGUGUAUGGGAUUGUGUAUGACCUUCGAAUGCACAGGCCUUUAAUGGUGCAAACAGAGGACCAGUAUGUUUUCCUCAACCAGUGUGUUUUGGAUAUCAUCAGAUCCCAGAAGGACUCAAAAGUAGAUCUUAUCUACCAGAACACAACUGCAAUGACAAUCUAUGAAAACCUUGCACCAGUGACUGCGUUCGGAAAGACAAAUGGUUACAUCGCCUAGUUCCAAAGUAAAACCUUUCUGGAGUGAACCGGACCGUCACACCCACAGCGAAGGAAAAUGCCCCGAUGUCGACAUGUUUUUAUAUGUCUAAUAUCUUAUUCUUUGUUCUGUUUUGUUAGAACUAAUUUGAGGGUGUGAAGCUGCACAUGUAGAACAUGACAAAUGAGAAGUUGGGGCUGUCAGGGGCUGUGGAUGGGUGUUGAGUUAAUCAACUACAUUCCUGAAUACCAAUGGGAUGAGUUCACUUUUUUUUUUUUUCCUUGAGAAUUAUGGAACACCAGGAAAAGUGAGCUAUGAUUUUUUUUUUCUUUUUCAAAACAGAUUCUUUUUAAAAAAGACUAUUUUAUAUGAUUCACAUGCUAAAGCCAGGAUUGUGUUGGGUUGAAUAUAUUUUAAGUAUCAGAGAUCUAUUUUUACCUACUGUAUCUUGGAAUCUAGCUGAUGGAAAAUACGUGAUUGUGGAUGAUUAUCAUGUCGGGAGGGGUACGUGGUACCUCUUCUACCUGGGUUUUCUAUUUGAACAUGUGCCUUUUCUGAAUUAUGCUUCCACAGGCAAAACUCAGUAGAUAUCUCUAUUUUUGUAUUGAAUCUCAUAAUUGGAAUAUAAGGAAUAUUUAAACAGUAGUUUAGUAUCUGAGGUUCAGCCUUCUCGGUAACAUUCCUGUUCUCAUUUGACUAGAGGAGGCCUCCCCGUCCCCCAUGUUUCGUGCUCUAUUCUUUUUUUCCCCUUUCUCUCCCAGUUUUCCCCAAAGACAUUUCUGUUGGCCACAUUUUCAGCCCAUUGGUUGAGUGGGAGUGGAAACCAAGUAUCACCUUGAGAAUUUCUGGGGGUGGGGGAAAGCAGAGGAACCCUACAGUGAUAUAAUCUCCUUCUCUUGUCCCUGUUUCAUCCUUUUUUCUCAUUUCUGUAUUUGGUAAGAAGGAUUAUUUAAAGGUGCAAUAUGUGACUUAGUGAUUCAUGAUGCUCUAGGUUUUUAGUAACGUUUUACUCAGGUUGGCAUUUUAUGUGCGUCUGUGUGUCCGUGUCUGUGUGUACGUGUGUGUGUGUUUAAAAGCGUGGCAAUCUGUGAACACUUCAGUGUGAAAACAGUGUCUGAUUAAUCCCUCCUCCCUCAAAGUCCACUGGCUUUAGUCUAUCUGCAGUGACACAUAUCGGUAUCUACUGUAUAUAUAUAUACUAAACUCUUAAAACAGUCAUUCCUUUGAAUUGAGGUGUACAGAGUUUGAAUUUGUAUCAAAGAUGUAAUUAUUUUUAAAACCUCUUUUCACUAUACUGCUGCUGUAAUUACUUUUGAUUUUUUUAAUGUAGAUUAAUUUUUUUUUUUUUUUUUUUUUUUUGCUUCAGGUGUGUAUCCACCAAGAAUUUCAGAAUUUAUGAGGAUUUAUUUUAUUGGUACAUAAUCUGUAAACUUCUCAAGGCAUUAACAUGAAAGGGUUUGUUUCUUUUUAUUUUAUAUUGUGGCUCAGGUUAUAUUUUGAAGAGGUUUUGAAUUUAUCCUCCUAUAGGCGAUGAAGUAGAGAAGGUCUUAUGAAGGAAUUACCAAGUCCCUGGAUUCCUGUGGCCAUUUUCCACAGUAAUAAAUCCUGCUGUAAAUUCAGGACAACUGUGUCCUAGUGAAAAUGGGAGCGGGGUCUUCUCCGGGUGCCCUGGUCACUCUUGACCUGGGGGAGCCCGCCUCCCGACGCUGUCGUGUUCCUCAACUUGCUAGCACCUUGAGAACUGACUGGACGUGCUAGUGGGUUAUGGAGGGUGAACCACAACGUACUGAAAGCCCUUGAUUCGGUUCAGAGGCUUAGCGCUUGUACGUCUUUUGUCCCCCUUUUCCCUUUGAGGUACUAAAAGGAUUAAAAGGA